AUGUCGGACGACUGUUUAACUCUAUCUUGGUGGAAUUGGCAAGGAGAGGAUCUUCAGCUCCCCGAUGACGAUAUAGACUUGAACGAUGCGCUACAGCUCACUAGCGUGGUGGUUGAUCAAAUUCGAGUUUGUCGUUUCAAUGAUGCGCGAAGCUUAAUUGAGGAGCGAAAAGAUAUCGUCCGCUUGAUUUGCCUUAAAGAACUUCGGGAAAGGGGCGAGGUUACGCUACCAAAGCUUGACCUGACCCGACAGCAAAAAAUGUCGGCUUUAGCGGCUUAUCUCACGAUCGACCAAGAAAACUCUAGCCCUUGUCAGCAGUGCUUAAGCAGGAGAUCGCGUGGUCCGUGUGUGGAGUGCGUUGCGGGCGACGAGACUUUAUUUAAUGGAGCUUGCACGAACCGUCAGUUUUCCAGUUCAGCCGCUGCAUGUUCGUUGUACAAAGGUGAGAUUUCCGACGAGCGUCGAUGA